UCUGUGUGAAAGCAUAUGACCAACCCAGAGUGGGCUGGUCCCUUUGCUAACUUAAUAUCUCUCGAGGCAUGUUAGAGCUGAGGCCUCUGUUAGCUUCUUCAAGCCUCAGAGACACACCAGGAGCCACACCAUCCUCUGACAACUGCAAAUAUGGAAUGACCUGAGAAAAUAGCAUAAACAAGGCAUCAUCAACACAGGGCAAAUUAUUUCUCUAAAACUAGGUCAUACAUUUCCCGGUGAAGAAAGAGCUGCUCGCUAUGGAGCCAAAGGCAUCAGUGACAUCCCCCCAGGACAGGCCGAUACCUCGAUGGAGUCUGAGCUCCAGCUCUGGUCUACAUUACGGCUCUUUUGUAAACAGCCUUUCAUCACUUACACCAAACGCAGUGGACGACAAACCAGCCACACCACCUAGACGCGCCUAUAUAGCUGUAGCUGUGCUUUGCUACAUCAACUUGCUCAACUACAUGGAACGGUACACAAUAGCAGGUGUCCUUACCGACAUUCAGAAAUUCUUUGUUGUAAGUGACAGUACAGCUGCACUUCUACAAACAGUCUUCAUCUGCAGUUUCUUACUUUUGGCCCCCCUCUUUGGUUAUCUUGGGGACCGCUACAACCGGAAGUACAUCAUGAUUGGUGGUUUGAGUGUGUGGCUUGUGACUGCAGCUGGCAGCUCUUUUGUCACUGAGUCGUUAUUCUGGCUUCUGAUGCUGUUGCGAGCCAUGGUUGGGAUAGGAGAGGCCAGCUACUCCACCAUUGCUCCCACCAUCAUCGCUGACCUCUUUACUGGGGCUCAGCGGAGUGUCAUGAUCUGUGUCUUCUACAUCUUUAUCCCUGUCGGAAGUGGUCUUGGAUACAUAACAGGGGCAGGGAUUGCUACUUUCACAGGGGACUGGCGCUGGGCUCUCAGGAUCACUCCCAUCUUGGGUGCAGUGGGACUUGUCUUGCUGGUCUUCUUAUGCCCUAACCCACCCAGGGGUGCUGCGGAAACCCACGGAGAGGGAGUUACAGCGCAGAGCUCUUACCUGGAGGACGUCAAGUAUCUUCUGAAAAAUAAAAGUUAUGUGUGGUCAUCAUUGGGAGUGACGGCUACGGCCUUUCUCACCGGAGCCCUGGCUUUCUGGACGCCUACUUUUCUAUCCAGAGCUCAGGUCACUCAGGGACUCCGACCGGCGUGCAUCAAAGAGCCCUGCGACCCCACAGACAGUUAUAUCUUUGGAGGUGUGACUGUGGUGACGGGCAUUCUGGGAGGGUGUCUUGGCACUGUUUUAUCUAGAUGGUUUAGGGACAAGGUGCCAAAUGCGGACCCACUCAUCUGCGCAGUAGGCCUGCUGGGAUCGGCCCCCUGCCUCUUUAUCGCCAUCUUUGUCGCAUCAGCAAGCAUUCCCGCCACUUAUGUAUUCAUUUUCUUAGGUGAAGUACUGAUAUCACUGAACUGGGCUGUCCUGGCUGAUAUACUGCUGUAUGUUGUUAUACCAACCAGAAGGUCCACAGCUGAGGCUCUCCAGAUUACUUUCGGUCAUCUCCUAGGUGACGCUGGGAGUCCGUACCUAGUAGGAGCGAUCUCUGAUGCCAUAAUCAAAUCUAAAUCUGAAACUCGUGAUUGGAGCUUCCCCAGUCUGAAGUACAGCCUCCUGGUCUGCCCAUUUGUCGGGGUCGUGGGUGGACUGUUUUUCCUCAUGACUGCCCUCUACAUUACUGAAGACAGGAAGUCAGCUAUGCAAUUGGUUGAAGAAGAUCCCCCACCACAGCAGGGUCCUGCAUCUGAGCCCUCCAUGGAACUGAACAACAAGAAAAAUUAGUAAAGCUGUACAAAAGCAACCAUGCAAUUAAUUUAUCUGUAAAUGUUUGAAGUGAAGUUAAAAACUACUGGUGUGAACAACAUGAUGUUGGAGCUGCCCUGAUAAGAUCCUUGUUGUCAUGUUCUACAUCUGAAGUCAAGUCAAUUUUAUUUGUAUAGCCCAAAAUCACAAAUCACAAAUGUGCCUCAAAUGGCUUUACAAUCUGUACAGCAUACCGAAACCUCUCUCCCACAGGAGAAUAAAGGAAAAAGAAAAGUGAAAAAUAAACUUGAACUUCUUUGCCUA